UUGAAAUUGCUAAACUCAAAGAACAAACAAAGAGCAUCGGUUGCUCCGGCGGAGCUCUCAUUGCAAUAGCAGCGAGCAGCCAUGGCGACCGUGACGAUGACUCCAUCAUCAUCCACCAUGAAGCCCCGCAUCUCCACUCUCUGUCCAAAUUCACUGAACAGCAGCAGUCGCUUCAUAAACAACCGGAAGAUUCCCUUUACUCCUGGUGGAAUCUUUGGCCGCCGCGCCACCUCCAAGGGAGCGGCAGUCUCGACCAUAGACGACUUCGACCCAAAGAUUCCGAUCGAGGAGGCCGCCACGCCGCCGAGCUCGUGGUAUACUGAGCAGUCGUUCUUCGACCUCGAGCUGGACCGUGUCUUCUAUAGGGGCUGGCAGGCUGUCGGUUAUAUUGAGCAGAUCAAAUUACCUCAUGAUUUCUUCACUGGCAGAUUGGGAAAUGUAGAAUUUGUGGUGUGUCGAGAUGAUAAUGGAAAAGUCCAUGCCUUUCACAAUGUUUGUCGCCACCAUGCUUCACUUCUUGCGUCCGGAACCGGCAACAAGUCUUGCUUUGUUUGCCCGUAUCAUGGGUGGACUUAUGGGCUGAAUGGAGAUCUUCUCAAGGCAACUAGAAUCAAGGGAAUUAAAAAUUUCAAUGUAAAUGGGUUUGGGCUUAUACCCAUAAAAGUUGCCACAUGGGGACCAUUUGUUCUCCUGAAUUUGGAGAAAGACGCUUCAUCUCAGCUGGAGGUAGAUGGAGAUGUCGUGUCUCAUGAAUGGCUUGGUAGUUGUUCAAAUAUAUUGAGCAUGAAUGGCGUCGCUGAUUCUUCACUCACCUAUAUAUGUAGGCGUGAAUACACCAUCGAGUGUAACUGGAAGGUUUUCUGUGACAACUAUUUAGAUGGUGGCUAUCAUGUUCCAUAUGCACACAAGGGGCUUGCAUCUAACCUCAAGCUCGAUUCUUACUCAACAUGCAUCUAUGAAAAGGUAAGCAUUCAAUGGUGUGAAGGUGGCACAGCUGAUGCUCAGGAUGAUUAUGAUCGCCUUGGUUCCAAAGCUCUCUAUGCUUUCAUUUAUCCAAACUUCAUGAUCAAUAGGUAUGGACCCUGGAUGGACACCAAUCUUGUCCUCCCACUCGGGCCGAGGAAAUGCAGAGUGAUAUUCGAUUAUUUCCUGGAAGAUCAUCUGAAGGAUGACCGAGACUUCAUUGCGAAAAGUCUCCAAGAUAGUGAAAGAGUACAGAUGGAAGAUGUUAUGCUUUGUGAAGGGGUUCAGAGGGGCCUGGAAUCUCCAGCUUACUGCAGCGGCAGAUAUGCCCCUACCGUAGAGAAUGCAAUGCACCAUUUCCACUGCCUGCUUCAUAGCGAGCUGAAAGAGUGAAGUCACUGAACCGGUCUGUUCUUAACCUUCGUUUGGUUUGGAGAGAAAUGGAGGGGAAGAGAACUCGUACGAGAAAUUUGAAAAACCCCAUACAGGAUUCCUCUCCCUCCCUUUUCAUUUCCCUCCAUCCAAGCUAACCAAUUCAAAGGGUUAGUGUCACGUAAAAGCUAGAAGUUCCAUUUCUUAAAAUGCCAUACCGGGACGUCUUGGUUGUGAGAAUCAUCUGCUCGUGCUUUCUGUCCAGGAUGGAACAAUAAAUACCUUGCUGGUUGUACGUGUUUCAUUGGUAGUUUGUGAAUCGAUGAUGGGAUAAAGAUUGGGCCAUAGUUGUAAGCCAGGGUCGAUAGCAUACGACCAAUGCACUGCCAUGGCCAACCGUCCAGCAGGCAGAGACAUUCAUCAUCGGUGUGCUCUAUGCCUGAGCCUGAAAGAUCGAAUAAUGCUUGGACAGACUACUAACACCUUUAUUUCCCUUAA